AUGGCAGCGCCUUUGACUGCGGAAGAGGAGACCCGUUAUACGGAAGUCAUCGAUGGCAUCCUAGCUACCGCGGACCUUGAAACCGUCACGCGUAAGAAAAUUCGCAUGGGCCUCGAAGCUGCACUGGGAGGGAAGGAUCUAAGCGAUCAGAAGAAUGCCAUCAAGGCGCUGAUCGAGGAGCGUUUUGAUGCUAUCUCGUCAGCUGCCCCGCCGCCAUCCUCCGCAAUUCCCCAACCCGAGUUGACUUCUCCACGUCCCUCGCCUCCAGAACAAGCCAACGGCUACGAAGAAAACAGCCAAGAUGCGGAUGACACGAACGGGGAUGAGAUAAAGGUGUCAGUACAGCCGCCUAGGAAGAAACAGCGGAAAGAGAAGAGCGAAGAUACGGAGGACGCGGACGCUAAACUGGCAGCGAUGCUCCAGGCACAGGAGAACCAGCGCACUCGCGCAACACGCGGAGGUGGGAAGCCUAAGGCCCCGGUGAAGAAGAAGAAAGCCACACCUCGAAAGAAGAGCGAAAAGAAAGUUGGAGCCGAUGACGAUAGCGACGUGGCAGGAAGCGAGGAAUCAAGUAGCCGGCCACGAAAGGCUGGAGGGGGUUUCCAGAAGCCCUUUAACCUUAGUUACCCGCUCGCCGAGCUCUGUGGAGAAUCACAGCUGUCCCGACCGCAAGUCGUCAAGAAAUUAUGGGAACACAUCAAGGGCAACCAACUGCAAGACCCGAGUGACAAGCGGCAGAUACGAUGCGACGAGAGGAUGCAAGCUGUUUUUAAGCAAGCUAGGGUGGACAUGUUUCAGAUGAACAAGCUGGUUGGUAACCAUCUCUACCCGGAUUCGACAAACGCGCCGAACGAAACCUCCGACUCGAUACAGGCUGGGCGAGGCCGCGGCAGAAGCGAGCGGAAUUCGAGAGGCAGAGGUAGAGGGCGCGGACGAGGCGAUGGGAGCUCUAGGGGUGGAGGGCAAGGCAGAUCGCAAGGUGGGAGAGGAAGGGGAGCUAAUAUAUCGGGGGCACAUACCUCUUCUUCGACGACGCCGCUUCCUCACGGAGACUCGGACAAGCCGGCACCAUCUCUGCCUCAACCUCGCAUUCCACCCGUGGCUAGCGAAGCGAGCGCCGACCAAGAAGAUGUAGAGGCCGAAGUGUGCUUCAUAUGCGCGAGUCCCGUCAUCCACCAGUCUGUUGCUCCAUGCAACCAUAGAACCUGUCACAUCUGUUCCCUGCGGAUGAGGGCGCUGUAUAAGAAUAAAGAAUGCGCGCAUUGUCGGACACUUGCUCCGUUUGUUCUUUUCACAGACGAUGCGACGAGACGAUACCAAGACUACUCUGACACCGACGUUACCAGUACGGACGAUAAUAUCGGCAUUCGGUACGCGAACGAAGAUAUAGUCGGAGACACCGUCUUGCUUUUGCGCUAUAAUUGUCCGGACGACUCGUGCGACUUUGCCGGCCUCGGUUGGCCAGACUUGCACCGGCACGUCCGUACCACUCACCAUAAGAAGAUGUGCGACUUGUGUACAAGAAACAAGAAGGUAUUUACCCACGAACACGAGUUAUUCACCGACAAGGAGUUGGAGAAGCACAUGCGACACGGGGACGACCGCCCCGGCGCUGUAGACCAGACAGGGUUUAAGGGCCACCCACUAUGCGCAUUCUGCGGCCAAAGGUUCUACGACGACGACAAGCUUUACGAGCACUGCCGGAGCAAACAUGAGCGAUGCUUCCUUUGCGACCGUCAGGAUCCUAGGCAGCCUCAUUACUAUCGAGAUUAUAAUGCGCUAGAAGAACACUUCAAGAAGGAUCAUUUCUUAUGCCUCGAUCGCGAGUGUCUCGAGAAGAAGUUUGUCGUCUUCGACUCUGAGAUAGAUCUAAAGGCGCAUCAGCUUGGCGAACACGGUAACUCCUUAUCUAAAGAUGUGAGAAGGGAUGCUCGUCUGGUCGACCUUUCGAGCUUUGAUUACCGACAACCUUACCAACAAAGACGGGGAGGAGGGGGAGGUGGUGGUUCCGGCCGAGAUAGAGAUGGGGACAGAGAUAGAGAGAGGCGCGGAAGAGGUCGCGACCCGAACGCAGAUCCUCUCCCGGUUAGCUCGGCACAACCCCUUCGUCGAGACGAGCUUGCUUUCCAAAGGCAGAUGGCUAUACAUUCUUCACAGUCUGUCUCUAACCGGACGUUUGGUGGUCAACUAUCAGCAGCACCCUCUUCAAACACUGCUACCCCCGCUGCCCAAACAAGUCAGCGUACACCAGGCCCCCCUGGCUCUUCUGCCCCCGCCACCACCAGCACAGCGCCGUCUAUCGAGAUGGAAGGACUAAGCUUGACGGACCCGAACUUGUCACCAGAAGAUCGCGUUCGGCUUCUGCGGCAUUCUGCAGUAAUCGAACGGGCAUCGAAUAUGUUGCAGAACGACCGCGACAAGAUUGCCACCUUUCGCAGUCAAAUAUCUUCCUACAGACAGGGCAACCUGUCAGCUGCGGCGCUCGUAGAUGCACUCUUUUCUCUCUUUUCAGAUACUUCUUCCACUACUCUUGGUACGCUCGUUCGUGAGGUUGCAGAUCUUUUUGAGGAUACGAGUAAGGGAGAUGGGUUACGGAAAGCCUGGAGCGAUUGGAGGGCGAUAAAUGAAGAUUACCCAACCCUGCCAAGUCUGAGCGGUAUGCACGGCGCAACAUCUUCUAACACCGGCUGGGCCGCCGCGGCCGCCAGUUCCCCUUUUACAGCCGCCGCGGCGCCAUCCCAAAGGCACACGACUCGAGUUCUCAAACUCAAAAGUUCUACCCAGCAAUCGCGGCGGUCGAGCGUAGAGCAGUCCUCUACUGUAUUCUCUAGCUCAAGCUCAAGCUCUUCGCGACGCCCGCCACCGAUGCCUCCUGCGGCUUCUUUCCCCGCCUUGCCAUCCAGCAGCGCCAGCACAGGCAAGACUUCGCGGCCGGCGGCCACAGCCCUUUGGAGCUCUAGCACAGCGUCCCAAGCUCCACCCAGAGCGCCGAAGAACGCCAGCCGAGAAGAAGCAUUUCCAGCCCUUCCCACGGCGCCCAAGCCUACAACAACGAUAUUCGGCUACGGGACUGGCAGCGUACGUAGAGAUGCCGGCGGCUCGAGGAAUACCGGUUUCUCAUGGGGAGCAUCUAAUGGGGACACGUCUACACAACCAGAUAGCAAUGUCGGCGAAGACGGAGCGGAUGGUUCUGGGAAAGGAAAAAAGGGAAAUAAAGGCCGAAAGAAAGUAUUGGUACAAUGGGGCUAG